AUGGAGACAGUGACAGAUUCCCCCCAGGAUCCUGACCCCAAGGGAUACUUCCAGUUCCGUGCCAUCGUGCUGGGAGAUGCAGACGUGGGCAAGUCCUCACUGAUGGGCUGGGCGGGAGUCGUGGUGGGGCAGCCACUCCAGCCCACCAUCGGCGUUGAGUUCUACAGCCAGACUAUCCUGAUGCCAUCCACCGGCAAGGCCGAGCUGAUCUGGGACACAGCUGGCCAAGAGCGGCUCAGAUCCAUCACCAGGAACUUCUACCGGAGUGCGGCGGGGGUGCUGCUGGUGUUUGACCUCACCAACCGGGCAUCUUUUGAGCAUGUUCCUGAGUGGUACCAUGAGGCUGUGGGGGACCGGCUGCCUGCCUUUGUCCUGGUGGGACACAAGUGUGACCUGGUGGCCGAGCAGGCCGUGGCAGCAGAGGAAGCUGGACACCUCGCCGCCACUCUGGGCAUGGCCUUCGUGGAGACCUCGGCCCUCAGCAACCUCAACGUGGAGUUGGCCUUCCAGCCACUGGCUGGAGGUAUCCAGCAGGCGCUGGGCGGGGGGAUCCUUGCCCCACACCAGGGAUAUGACAGCAUCAGGCUCAUCCCCAACCAGAGUCGCCGCCAGCCCCUGGCAAGGAGGGAGCCACAGGAGCGCUGCCAGUGCUGA